GUUGCUGAAGCAAGUGCAGUCAUGUGUGCCGGCAAAGAAACCCCCAACAUGAGCUGCUAUCAUGGGGCAUCGAAACCCGUUUAUGUAGACGAGGAGCUUCUGCAGGAGGCGGUACUGGAACAAGGACUUCAAGAUCAAGCUGAACGUAUUGCCAAAGAAGAGGGAAUCCACUAUAAUGACGCCCUUAGGUUGAGUCUGGAAUACAGAAACAUCCGGAGGAUAGACCACCUGUGGGAGUUUACGUCGUUGACCAAGCUCAACUUGAACAACAACUUCAUCAAGAAGAUAGAGGGAUUGAACCAUCUUGUUAACCUGACAUGGCUCAAUUUGUCGUUUAACAACAUCGAGAAAAUCGAGGGUCUGGAGGGUCUUCAGAAGCUGGAAGUGCUCAAGUUGUCCAAUAACAGGAUCUCUUUUAUUGAAAACAUGGACAACCUCGUGGAGCUCACUAUUUUAUGUCUGGCUAACAACCUUCUCCAUCAAUUGAACAAUGUGGUUUAUCUCAGGAGGUUCAAGAAACUCUUCACCCUCAAUAUAGAGGGAAAUCCCAUCCCUGAGGAGAGCUGUGAGGAUAACUACCUGAUUUUCAUUGCUGCUUACUUUCAACAACUUAAGUUCCUGAACAACAUAUUUCUCAAUGAGGAUAUAAGAAACAGGGCAUCCAUUAAGUACAACCUUGACAUUGAGGAGAUGAACCAAGGGGAGUUACAGCGGCAGCAAGCUGUUGAGGAAAGUAGAAAGCAGGAGGCUGAACUACAACGGCAUGAGGACGCCUUUGUGGAGCAACUGAACGGGUCUCAUCUCUAUAACAACAUAUUCCAGAACGACACAGAGGCAGACAAGCUGCACUGCCUCCCUGGAGUGGACGAGUUACUUGAGGGAUUUGAGAAACAUAUCACGGAUCUGUGCAACCAGCUGUUUGAGGUCGGCCUGGCCGAGCACAAGCGGCGAGAGGCGGAGAUAACCUUAUUCUUCCAGAAGAAUGAAGCGGACGUGACCAGACACCAACGCAAAGCCUUCAACCUGCUGACUGACUUUGAGAAGCAACACAAGCAGAGAAUCAAGGAGCUGCAAGAGUUAACAGAUGCGAAAGAAAGGAAGAGCCAGGUGGAAAACUGCCUCAAGGAAAUCAACCUUUUGUGUUACAACCUGAUGACGGUGGAAUUCCAACUCUACGGCCAUAUGGAGGAAACCAUCAGGAAGUUUGACAACAACAUCUCAGAGAUGACGUCCAGUUUCAGUGAAACAGCUCAGGGGAUAUAUCCUUUACAUUGUCGGGAGCUGGAGGACAGCCAUCACAAGAACAUACAACAGAUCGCCAACACGACUGUGGAGAUGGUGGCCAAAGGCGAAUCUGAGGACGAGCUGCCAGACGACGUUCGAAUGCUGUUCUUGGACAAAAACACGGUGACGGACACACUGGCUGCCAGCCACGAUAACCACGUGCAGACAAUCAAUGACAGAGAAACCCAGUUGGUCACCCGUGCCGAGGCCUGGAAAGUGGCCCUCAUUAAAGGGAUUGAAGACACAGAACUCAGACGCAACCGCAUGCGCAUCGCAGACAUCCACAGGUAUGCAGACUACCUGAGGGGGCAGCUGGAAAAGCUUCAAUAAUGCCAUCAUUGUGAGUAAUAUAUGGAAAGGUUGUACUUUUACUUGACCUGUAAGGACAUUUUAAAUGUGUUUUUAUUAUUUCCCUUACUUAUUCCAUAAAACACACAUUCUAAAAUGCCACAGUUUCACUUAUCUUUUUGUAUUUUGUAUAUUAUCAUUUUUAUUUGAAUAUAUGAAUGUGUGCUGCACAUUAGUCUUGCCUACGUGGACUAUGGAUUGAAACUAUUAUACAAACAUUGUGUCUGGUUCAAAUAUAGAGAUGAGGGUCUUUAAUUUGACCUGCUAUUGUACUCUGUCUCAAAGUGUUAAUUAACAUGUGCUCAGUGUUUCCUUACCAUUAUUGCUGUGUUGGUAUUGUUCAUUCUUCCUACAUUGUUGAUACAAAUGAUUGUUAGAGUGUAAUAAUUAUUGUUACCUGUAGAAAUGCCACCAUCGUACAACAUUUGUAUUAUAAUCCUUAAACAAAAGGCCUACUGAAAUGAGAUUUUCUUAUUUAAACGGGGAUAGCAGGUCCAUUCUAUGUGCUAUACUUGAUUAUUUUGCAAUAUUGCCAUAUUUUUGCUGAAAGGAUUUAGUAGAGAACAUCCACGAUAAAGUUCGCAACAUUGGGUUGCUAUUAAAAAAGCCUUGCCUGUACCGGAAGUAGCAGACGAUGUGCGCGUGACGUCACGGGUUGUGGAGCUCCUCACAUCUGAACAUUGUUUACAAUCAUGGCCACCGGCAGCGAGAGCGAUUCGGACUGAGAAAAAGCGACCGCUUCGCACUUACAUCUUUCUUCUUUGACGUCUCCAUUAUUCAUUGAACAAAUUGCAAAAGAUUCAGCAACACAGAUGUCCAGAAUACUGUGUAAUUAUGCGAUUAAAGCAGACGACUUAUAGCUGGGAUCGGGGCUGGAACAACAUGUCCUCUACAACCCGAGACGUCACGCGCACAAGUCUUCAUAAUGCAACGUUUUCAACAGGAUACUUAGCGCGAAAUUUAAAAUUGCAAUUUAGUAAACUAAAAAGGCCGUAUUGUCAUGUGUUGCAAUGUUAAUAUUUCGUCAUUGAUAUAUAAACUAUCAGACUGCGUGGUCGCUAGUAGUGGCUUUCAGUAGGCCUUUAAACAAAGUAACUGAAACUUAAAGUGAAUUGAGAACUGGGUGUCAGGCUUUCUCCUGACAGUUUGUCUAUCUUUUAGUUUUUUCCUCUGCAUUUGUCUGUCUUUAGUUCCUGUCUAGUGCUCUUAUUUUGUCAGCUUCCUGUCUUGUUCCCUGAGUGCUGUGUUCCUCCUCAACUGCGGCUGCUUGGCACCUGGCCACACCUGUUGCCAAUCAGCCCGCUCCUAUUUGUACCUGCUUUGUCUUGUGUCAGUUGCUGGAUCAUUGUAUUGUAUUGUAGUUGCCACAUGUCACUUUUGUCGUGCUACCUGUCGUGUCGUUUUGUUACAGCUACUACCUGUCGUGCUACAUUUUGUCCUGGUUGUCGUACCAGUAAGCUGUUUCUGUUAGCAUUAGCUAUUUCCAGUUUUUCUGUUUGUUUCCCACUAGCUUCCAUGCUAAAGUUCUUUUGUUUUUCCAGCUACCAGUGCUAGCUCCCUUAGUUUGUUAUUCCGCCCACGUGCGUGCUUUUUGUUUGUUCUUGUUCUAUUAUUUAUAUUAAAUCAUGUCUUCAUAUCCAAUGCCUGCCUCCAUCUCUGCAUCUUGGGGUUCGACAACAAAUACCUCUGACACUGGGGGUGGGAUUGAAUAAAUGAUCUUCUUCUCACUCUCUUUCAGGCAAAACUGGACAAUCAU